AGAAGAAACAAGAGGUGCGUACAAAGGGAUACGAUACGAUACCAUAGCAUACCAUACGGUGGUUCCACAUGGCGCUUCCGAAUCACACCCUGCUUGCCACCAAGCCCACCGCCCUCCUCAUCCGCCGCCCCACCGCCAUCCGCUCCAUCCAUCGGCCUGACAUAGGCGGCCCGCUUUUCCCUGGCGCCCUCGGGGUCAGCCGCGCCGAUUGGCUUAGCACCUGCGCAAUCCUCUCCAGCAAGGCUGUCGCCUCUCAGCAAUCAGACAACGCUGAUAACUCUUCCGGAUCUGCUGAUGAGACCACCAACCAUCUCACCGCUGUCAAUGGCCACAAAACCCUCGAUCUUGUCCCGAUUGCCAACCUCCCGAAGCCGCUCACCAUCACGGAUCUUUCCCCAGCCCCGAUGCACGGCAACCAGCUUCGCGUUGCCUACCAGGGAGUCCCCGGCGCGUACAGCGAGGCGGCUGCGGGGAAGGCAUACCCUAACUGCGAGGCCAUUCCUUGCGACCAAUUCGAGGUCGCUUUCCAAGCCGUCGAGCUCUGGAUCGCAGAUCGGGCUGUGCUCCCCGUGGAGAAUUCUCUGGGCGGGAGCAUCCACCGCAAUUACGACCUCCUCCUGCGCCACCGCCUUCACAUCGUCGGCGAGGUUCAGCUGCCCGUCCACCACUGUCUUCUUGCCCUCCCAGGCGUUCGGAAGGAGUACCUAACCCGCGUCAUCAGCCAUCCUCAGGCCUUGGCUCAGUGCGAACUCACCCUCACCAGCCUCGGUCUCAACGUCGCCCGCGAGGCCUUCGAUGACACAGCCGGCGCCGCUGAGUAUGUGGCGACGAACGGGCUGCGGGAUACGGCGGCAAUCGCUUCGGCCCGUGCGGCGGAGCUGUAUGGGAUGCAGAUCCUGGCGGACGGGAUCCAGGAUGACUCCGGGAACGUGACGCGGUUCGUGAUGCUGGCUCGGGAGCCGAUCAUUCCGCGCACGGACCGACCGUUCAAGACGAGCAUCGUAUUUGCUCACGACCGUGAGGGCACCUCGGUACUGUUCAAGGUCCUCUCGGCGUUCGCCUUCAGGAACAUAAGCCUGACAAAGAUCGAGAGCAGGCCGCACCGGCACAGGCCCAUCCGACUUGUGGACGAUGCCAACGUGGGCACCGCCAAGCACUUUGAGUACAUGUUCUAUGUGGACUUCGAGGCGUCAAUGGCGGAGGUCCGCGCACAGAACGCCCUGGCGGAGAUACAGGAGUACACCUCCUUCCUCCGGGUUCUGGGAAGUUACCCCAUGGAUAUGACCCCUUGGAUGGCUUCAUCAUCAUCAUCAUCAUCAUCAUCAUCAUCUUCAUCUUCUUCUUCAUCAUCGACGUGAAUUUAUAUUAUUAUUAUU